GGAGGCCAUCGUGUCCGGGCCAUCGCGAGUGAUGUAGCGGAUCUCGCAUGGGCGACCAAGGUCAGCAAAAUGCUUUGGCAUUCCAACAUCUUCAAGCCACUCGGGGCUAGCCAUGUAGAGCAAGUCUAAGGCAGCCAGAUCCAGCAAUUGAACGCAAUUGACGAGGAGGACACCGAUACGGAGUGGCUCCGAUACCAUUGUGUUGGUCUUGUUCAGGACUGAAGAAUUCAAGGACGUGAGGAGUAACGAUAGCUGGGCUUUAGAUGAGAUUUUCUGGGAGUAUAAAGGGAAUUGGGAAUAGAAUGGCAAGAAGGUAGAGUUGCAGCGAGACUGUUUGCUUUCCGGAAGGUACGGGCCCGGGCAGAGAUAGUCAUAUGGCAGUCACGGUGAUGAAUGCCAUUGUCUCCGAACCUAAUUCUUUGGCAUCAACCGUGAUUUGUUGUUUUUCCACCAGAUACCAGACAAAAUGCCCUUGAGAGCUCCUGAUAUCCAUAUACCCAUCCAUGGACCCUGAGCGAACUUUCGAGUAAUUCGCGCAAUUGAACGCAGUGCAAGCAAGCAACUGUCGCACGAUCUGAGCGGUGUGAUCAUGGACGGGAUUGUGUACACGGAGAGGUGGUGUGUGGACUCUAGUUGAUGGCCGUGGUACUUGAAAAGUACGCUGAAGUUGUACGAAUGAGCUGUUUCAAUAUGGUCGGCUCACACUCUCCGCUGUCAAUCCCGACCGCCAUCUUUCCCUUUCUCCGCCACUUGAGUUGAAUCCUUCUGCAUGCCACUCACACGCCGAGAUCAUUUCACCGCAACCCACAUGGAUUGUGUGGUAAAAGGAUCCUGGUCAAAGGCAGCCCAAAUCGGAAGAUUUCCGACCGCAAAUGAGGUUUGACAGUGCUCACUACAUCCCGGAGAUACUUCCCCAACUUCGGCCUUCGGACAUCCCCCCACAAUAUUCAAGGAGCGCUCCACAUCUCGGUGGCGUCCCGAGUCUUAUCGGACCCCGGACCGCGGAGUCUGUGGUUGAGUUUGGAGCAAAUUGCUGCUUUCUUCUAUCACACCGAUCUAGAUUGACAAAGGAGCGGAGUGGCGCAAUCCCGGCACAGGGUUACCGGCCUUCUUGACGUUCUUGUGCGACCCCCGUGCAACUGCCCGUGGCACGAUUGUCGUCUUCCUUGUUAAGGGGAUGCUGUCCAAAAGACAGAAUUGAGGGCACGAGCCUGGCCGCAGAAACCUUCCCCGCAUCGGCAUCGACCUAAAAUCAACUCGGCCCAUUCAGCGAGUAAUCACCUCCCGAUCAUCCCUUACCCAAUUUUUGUCUCGUCAUGGUUGGUCGGAGCAUACCGCUCCGUCACGUAGUACUCAACCCGAGUCGUCUUGAUAGUCGUGCCCUCAAGGCCAUGAGGCCAUAAGAAUAUGAAGUUGGGCAUGGCAGAUCGGAGGAGACAACCCCGAAAGACACUUUGACUCCAAGCCGUCUCGAUAGCUUUGGAGGGACGAGGCUAUGAAAAAAAAUACGGAAAGAACGGAGCACAGUAAUCCUGUCAGUAGCGCGGCCGACUCCAACUUCUCUGUCUGCGAUCUACACGGAUUGGAAUGGGCGAUGGGUAUAUAUAGGCGCUAGCUACCCCAGAAUCAGGUUCCCAGAAUAUCCAAGCUUCAAGCGAUCAACAGAGUGAUACCGAUACCGAUAUUUUUCCAAAAUGGUUUCGGACCUGAAUGGUGCGCCGAGCGGCGGCUUUAGUUUGGUGAUGCAGAAUCCAUACCUCUGUGGAGUGGCUUCGUUCUCGACCCUCGGUGGUCUGCUAUUUGGUUAUGACCAGGGCGUGAUCAGUGGCGUGAUCACUAUGGAGUCUUUUGGGGCUCGCUUUCCUCACGUCUUCUCUGAUAGCGGCUUCAAGGGAUGGUUCGUGUCGACACUUCUACUAGCUGCGUGGGCUGGGUCUUUGAUCAAUGGACCCGUUGCUGAUCACCUAGGACGGAAGCUUUCGAUCAAUCUGGCCGUUGUGAUCUUUGUGAUUGGAUCUGCUAUUCAGUGUGGUGCAGUCAACAUUCCGAUGCUAUUUACCGGCCGAGCAAUUGCCGGACUGGCCGUGGGAAUGCUGACCAUGGUCGUUCCAUUGUAUAUCUCCGAGGUCUCUAUUCCAGAAAUUCGUGGAGGCUUAGUGGUCGUGCAACAGUUGUCUGUCACAAUCGGCAUUUUGGUCAGCUACUGGAUUGACUACGGCACCAAUUACAUCGGUGGAUCUCGAUGUGCACCAAAUAUUCCCUAUACGGGUGGCACGUUCUCCAAGCCUGCCUUCGACCCAUACCAAGACGUACCAGCUGGAGGCUGCACUGGACAGUCUGAAGCAUCGUGGCGACUUCCACUAGCCAUUCAGAUCGUGCCUGCGGUUAUAUUGGGAAUUGGCAUGCUAUUCUUCCCUGAUUCCCCACGAUGGCUGAUGAUGAAGGAACGUGACGAUGACUCCCUUUCUGCGCUCUCGAGACUCCGUCGACAAGAUCUCGAUAGCCCAGCUCUUCAAAAUGAGUACCUCGAGAUUCGCGCGUCUAUCAUGCUCGAGAAUACCUUCGCCCGAGAGCAUUUUCCCAAUCUGUCAGGAUGGAAACUGCAUGCUGCUCAGUAUAUGUCGUUUUUGACCACCUGGGCCCGCUUCAAGCGUCUGGCUAUUGGAUGCUGUGUUAUGUUCUUCCAGCAAUUCAUGGGUUGUAACGCUAUGAUCUACUAUGCCCCGACUAUCUUUGGACAGCUUGGCCUUGAUGGUAACACAACCUCUUUACUCGCUACUGGCGUGUAUGGCAUUGUCAACUGCUUGAGCACCCUCCCGGCGCUGUUCUUCAUUGACAAGAUUGGCCGUCGCCCAUUGCUCAUGGCCGGUGCCACCGGUACUUGUAUCUCGCUUGUUAUCGUGGGUGGUAUUCUCGGAGGUUAUGGCUCCCGCCUGAUGGAUCACAAGUCCGCUGGCUGGGCUGGAAUUGCUUUUAUCUACAUCUACGACAUCAACUUCUCUUAUUCAUUUGCCCCCAUCGGCUGGGUUCUUCCAUCCGAGAUCUUCAAUCUUUCGAUCCGUGCCAAGGCUAUCUCCCUCACUACAUCGGCUACCUGGAUGUGUAACUUCAUCAUUGGCCUCGUCACCCCCGACAUGCUUGAAUCAAUCACUUAUGGGACCUACAUCUUCUUCGCGGCAUUCUGUCUACUGGCCCUGGCCUUUACGUUCUUCUGUAUUCCGGAGACCCGCGGAAAGACGCUCGAAGAUAUGGACCUCAUCUUCGGAGAUACGGCUGCGCACGAAGAGAAGGAGCGCAUCAAGCAUAUCGAAGCUGAGUUACGGGGCACGCAAAUUGACGAAACUGAUGAUCUGAAGCCGACGGACCAGCAUACGGAGCAUUUCGAUGCCGUUUGAGAUCGGUGAAUUUUGUAAUGAUGCACAAAAUGUCAUUCUCAUCUUAUACAAU